UGCGCAGAUGUGUGGCAGUCUGCGUCACAGCAGCGCAUAGUCAACAUCCUACCCUGGCUUAGCUUAGCAUAGCUAGCUAUGUUUGUCAUCUUUUGAACCCUGAGUCUGGUUUAGCUGAACACUGUUUAUUACUACAACCCAGACAGAUAUCUAACCUACCAUUUAUUGCAGUUUCUGUAGCUAAUUAAUAACAUGCAGCGCUGGUCUGGGAUAUUACUGCGUGGUUAGUCAUGGCUAGCUGGAUUAUAUGUUACCUUAUUAGCUAACUAAGCUAGCUAACCUAGCAUUAGCGCAUCUAGCAAUAUCUAACCUAAAUAAAUAAAUAAGCGAGCUGCUCUUGCGCUGACGGGAUUUUUGCUUAAAUAUAUGCGUUAAAAACAUGUUGGAUAUCCAGUCUGUGGCUGACAGCGUUUUUCCUGACUUAAAAAGAGUCCAGAGCCUGGCUGAAGUGGUGUAAAGCAGAGCAGCAGGAGAAGAUGGGAAGCCCUUUUAAAAUCCCUAAGAAGAAGCAGCCCUCAGAUUCCUCCAGUGUUCACAUGCUGUCUCCUCUCUCCAGGGUUCAGGAUGGAGACACUUCUAAGACGAGCUGGACCAAGGUUGCGUGCAAUGGCAGAACACCACACAAAAGCAGCUUUUCCAAUGGAAGGAUAGAUUCAAGGUCUGGAUUUGCUGGUGGAGACAGGUUCGUCCUAUCUCCCUCUCAUAGAUCUGAGUUCGGAGGCCGCGCAUGCCUUAAUGGGACCCCCGCUAAAGAGGCAGGCGGUACCCCAAAGUCCCGAACUGCUGCUGGUGACUUUACAGAUCAAAACAGGUGGAGGCCUAGGAGAGCUUCUGAUUCGUUGUGUCAGCAUGAGGGAGGCAAGGACUCGCCGGCUGCUAAGAAGCAGUGGGGAUCUGGGUUUCCAGAGAUGUGGAAAUCUUCUCAAAUAGAGCACAAAGAGGAGGAAGAUGAUGAUGAUGAGGAGGAGGAUAAUAAAGCCAAUAAGAGCAAGCCGGCCUCCUCACUAGUAAAAGAAGUGAAGGGAGCAUCUGCUGCUGUGUCGAGCCAGCGAGGAGUAUCGUCCCAAAGCCUCAGGUCCACACUUCCGGAGAUUAAAACUGCAGGGUUUAAGAGGAACGGUGAGAUGGCACUGGCUUCUUCUGACCAGGCCUCCGUGGGCGCAGUGCCAGAGAAGCGUGUGAGGAGCCCUGGAGUAAAAGCUCCUAUCUCCAUGCCUCUUAGGAAAGCUGGCAGUGAUAUGUCGUACUCCAGAGGGAGACUUAGGCUCAACCUUUCUUUAAAGACGUACCAGAGAAUCAAGCAGAGCUCCACAGAACCCAUUGUUCUCUCCAGCGAUGAUGAAGAUGAAGAAGAAGGAGCAAAAGUGGGACGCAGUGAUGCUCUCGGCAACACAAGUUCUCAGGUGAAGAAAGAACGUCCGAAAACCAGCUCAAACCCUGGUUCAGGAGGUCAAAAGUCAGGGGACACAGAGACGUCGUCUGUUGUGGAACUGGCUUUCUCAACUCUGCACUUUGGCACGACGUGCAGCCACGCCAACGGACCCAUUGUAAUCACAGAAGAGAGCAUCUCCAUACCACUGAAAGAAGCAGACGGUGAAGAUGGCGUGGCGGUUACUGUGGUACCCUCUGAGCUCCAAAGAUAUGGUGUAUGGGAUGGGGCUUUAGCAGCGGAUGGAUCUCUGCUGUCCAUCUCUCAGCAACCAUCACCUUCCCUCCUCUUCCUCAGCCUGUCUGAUGCUCAGAGCAGGUUGCUGCACACUGAGCUCACAGCAAUACACAGUACACACGCGACAGGGCAGCCAUGUCCGUUUUUGCUGGUGACGUUAUCUGGGCAGAUGGAGGAGCUGCAGUCAGCGCUGUUGGCCUCUCUGAUGGAUGUGAUUGGUCUGCGUUACGGCCGGUCGGUUUUGGGCGUCCCUCUGCCUUGGGCUGAAGGACUGAAUCAGCUUCACCUGCAUCCAAGAGGGGGACAGCUUCUCACUCUCUUGGGUCAGGGAGAUGGUGUCGAUGGCGGCCAUCAUCACACAGAAGGAGAGAAGACUAAAGAGGUCAGUACUGCUGGGACCAAAACGAGCCGAGCGGGAGGCGGAGGAAAGUCCAGUGAAGCAGCGUCCACCAGAACCUCCUCACUGCGCAGCUACAGCAGACAACAGAGCCUGCCCAGGAGGUUGAUCCAGUACCCCCCUCCCCCCUCCAAAGGCGGCAUCACUGUAACAUCAGAAGACCUGGAGUGCCUUAGAGACGGAGAAUUUCUAAAUGAUGUCAUAAUUGAUUUCUACCUCAAGUAUCUGCAGCAGGAGAGAGCUGAUCAGGAAGUGGCCAGCAGGUCCCACAUCUUCAGCAGCUUCUUCUACAAGCAGCUCACGCGCAAAGACAACAUCAGCGAGGAAGAGGCCGGUGGCACAGCGCAGUACAGACGCCACCGCAGAGUCAAAACAUGGACCAGACACGUAGAUAUCUUCAGCAAAGACUUCCUCUUCAUACCAGUCAACCAGGAAGCUCACUGGUACUUGGUGGUGAUCUGCUUCCCUGGUCUCCUCCAGGCUGAGAGCGUACCGUGGAAGAGCCUCGCUUCUUCAGAGGCUUCUGGGACCACGAAUAAACCCCAGCUGCAGGAUUCCAGCAAACCGGGCAGCCAGGGCCCAACGCUUUCUACAGAACAACGGCAAACAGGAAGCACAGAAGGACCAAAGCGCAAUUCUCCCGACCUACCAGACUGUACUGUGCUCAGUUGCCAGAGGCAGAAUGUGACCAGAAGGCCCUGCAUUUUGAUCAUGGACUCGCUGAAGCUGUCCUAUCAUCUUCGCAUCUACACACUGUUACGAGAGUACCUGCAGGUGGAGUGGGAGGUCCGGAGGGGGACGCCGCGGACGUUUAAUGAUAACAGCAUUAAAGGCAGCCACUGUAAAGUCCCCCUACAGGACAACAGCAGCGACUGCGGCCUUUACCUGCUGCAGUAUGUAGAGAGCUUCCUACAGAAUCCAGUGGUACACUUUGAUCUCCCGCUGCGAUUGGAGCGCUGGUUUCCGCGGCAGCAGGUGAGGAGAAAGAGGGAGGAGCUACGCGAUCUGGUGCUUCAGCUGUACCGGAGACAAGCGGGAGGAGGAGGAGGAGAAGUGUGAACUCUGCAGAAACUGAGCGACAAACAUGGCCUUGUUUUAUACUAAUAGAGAGAGAGAAAUGUUUGUAUUUAUAUUUCCUGUUAAUUUAUUUUAAUUAUAAAGUUUUUUAGUGUAUGUGCAGUUUUGUACGUAAUGUGUAAAGAGACUUAAAUUAUGUUUACUUAAAUAAAGUCAGGAUUGUUUUAUAAAUAUAUAUAUAUAUAUAUACGUUGGUGUGCUUUGUUAAAAUAAUACAAUGUGGAUGACUACCGUAUUUUCGGUCUAUAAGGCGCACUUAAAAUACUUUAAUUUUUCCAAAAAUCGCUUAUAUCACUUUUAAUCUAUCUUUAUAUAAUUCUAUAGUUCUACCAGUCAGGUAUUAAAGAGCAUUAAAGCCAAUCUAAACGCUGAAGUACAUUAAAAAAAGUUAUAAGGGUGAUUUUUCAGUGAAGUUUCUUCACCACUAAGGCUGGGUGCAGCAGCAUUAGCAUUAGCCGCUAACAACAGUGCUAGCUCUUUCGCCAUUCAGAGGAGAGUAUAUCAGACUGCACUUUACUUAUUCCGUAUAUACCGGCAGUUCAAGUACACUAUUAUUAAUUAUUAACUUAUCCUGUGCAACAAAGGGAACCCUUGGUCUUUCUUUCUUGGGGCGGUCCUGAUGUGUGCCAGUUUCAUCAUGAUUUUUUUUUUUUCUCGAAACAGUAAGCACUUUUUAAUGCAAACAUGCACUGGCUAUGGCUAUUGUUAGUUGCAUUUUUUUAUUUGAUCAACUGAUUUUGAUUUGUGUACCUACAAUUUAGUAGAAUAUUAGCAUUUAUUUGCAUAAUGCUGUCUAGUAAAAUGCUUUUACGUCAUAUUACCAACAUUAGCAUUGUUAAUUCCUUGUAAAACUAGACAGGAACACUAAAAAAUGAUUUGGCUAAUUGACUAGAUUUUGUAAUAAGGCAGAAUUAAGUCUCUAUAUUUGUGGAUUAGCUGUGCUAUAACCUGCUCGUUAUCCAGUAGGAUCUACAGUAGCUUUGGGAAAGCUGGUGGUUUGAGCAUAUGGACGGCUCGGCGGGGACGGGGACGGGAUUAGUCCUCGGCCUGUGGGCUGUGGGCUGUCUUCACUCACUCAUUAAUUUGAAUGUGUUGACUGGAAGAUCAGUGCAGAGCCUGGUGAGGACGUCCUGCUGUGUCUUGAGGAGAUUAGAGCUCAUUACCUGUAUCGGAAUGCUCCUUUCUUUACUACACCGACAGGAGCCAGAGGAACUCUGCAGCUCUUUCUUUAGUUCCAGCUCUCCUGAGUGCUGUUUCUUUUCGCCUGGUUUUAUACGCUCUUCUCCCAUAAACUACGUCCUCGUGUAGUUGGUGCUCAGUGUUUAAAAGGCUUUGGGGGUAAACAACAGUUCAUGACUCAGUCCUUAAAGCCCCUCUACAGGUCAUCUUAAGAGGCUAAGUGAAGGUUAAUGAGGGGAGAUACCUGUAGGCGGGGAUAUGGGCCGGGGCGGUGGCGUGUCUGGCUGUUGAAUGUUCUAUGCUGCCUUUAAGUCCAUCUCAGAAGUUCAUAUUUACGACUUUUAGGGAUCGUCAAUUGUUGGGAAAAUGCUUUCUUGUGUAAUUAGGCUUUUUCUGUUGCCAACAGAAAAAAAGUACAAUACAGUAUUUUAGACACAUUAUUAUUUUCCUACAUAGUAAAUUAAUAGUGAAGUGAUCUAUCAGUCUAUGACAGAACACAUAAGGAAUCAUGUAGUAACUUAAAAACAGUGUUAAAAAAAAAACUAUACAAUGUUUUUUGAGGCUGCUAACUCUGAAGAACCUAUCCUGUACAACAGAGAAAACUCUCUUUCUCUCUUUCUUUCCUGGACAGGUCAUGAUGAGAGCCAGUUUCAUCCUUAUAACAUUUUUGAUAGUCUUCGCACUUGUGGAUACUUUCGGAUUGACUGACCUUCAUUUCUUAAAGUAAUUUUUUUUUUUUUUUUUUACUUUUCUUGACUUUAUUUUAUACGCUGAAUGACUUUUGUAUUAAUCUACCGUGCAUAAAAUAUGAAGUCCAAACUUUUGACUUGAACUGUAUAUCUACAAUUAGUGCAAACAAAACAAAUAAAGACUAAUACUUUACUAAAGGUAAAAGAGGCAAAUUAAUAGUUAGAAUUGUUUUAUGUAGAUUAACAAUAGUAAAUUGAAAUUUACUGGGUGUUUAGACCAGUGUAGAUACUAAGUUAUGAUGUAUAUCAGUGUGUUUGUGUAUGUUUUGUUAAGGGCAGGGGUCAGGGGUCGGCGCGGUGUUGUGGUUCACUGGGUAUCUCUGUAAUGGGAGUUGACACUAGAAUAGGCUGCAGCUUCAGCCCCUCUGCUCUGGACCAACAGGGUGACUGAGUUCGGUGGCCCCGGAUUUGCUAAUCUGGACUAGACUCUGAGAUUAGAGCCGAAUUACUCCCUCUGACAGAGAUGGGAUCCGACCCCCCCCUGCUCCAGAACCCUAAUCCAGUCUUACUGGAAGACGAGUCCUGUUUCAUUAAAGGAGGGGCUGUUUUUUCCAAGUAGAGAAGUUAGAGUAUCUUUAAAACCAUAAACAAAUUAAAUUUCUCAUUCCAUCGUUUUUUUCAUUCAUUUUAAAUUGUCUAAUUGUAUCUCCAGUAUGAAUGAAGCCAUGUAAGCUGAGGUGCUCAGGUGUUUCUAUUUAACCCUGCUUUAGUUCACUGAAUCAGUGGACUCUGAAGAAAGACAGGAUUUCAGCUCUUGCUCAUGAAUAUUCACGCAUGCAAAACUCCUCUGAUUGGCUAACAGCACUGCAGCAGAAAGUUUUUUCAGAGAUACAGCCUUAGUUAUAAAGAUACAGCACUGAGUGCGAGAUAAAUUUAACCCUUAAACUUCUUAAGCUUAACGUCAGACUCUCAGCAGCACAGCUCUUCCCACAGGAUGGAUAGCGUUAACAUUAACGUUGAUAACGUUUAUUUCAGCUUAACUAACGCUAUUAAACUAAGCCCCAGAGUCUGCUUAAUAUCAUAAAAUCCGACAUGACCAGCACACACUUUGACCGGUGUUCUGUCGAGUUGUGCUACCUGGUCAAUCCAAGCUUCCCUAGUGUACAUUUAAGUGUUCUGUAAAAUGCAGAA